CCUAUACGCGCCACCGAACAACCGCGUAAACACACACGCGCGCACGCACACACGCACACACGCGCCCGCGCUAUCGCUCGCUCGCUCCGCAUCGCUACGGGCCACGUUUCCGGGCGAACCGCCGCCGUAAUAACAAUAAUAAUAUUUUAAUAUAAUAAUACAUUAUCGCGUUUUGUUUUAUCGUCUCGCUGCUUGCCCCUCGUCGCACGCGGCUACGCUCACGGUUACGAUCGUCAGCCCGCAGUGCGCGCGUAUACUCACUCGCGCCCGGACCCGCCGCCGCCGCAGCAGCCACCCUUGGGCGCUACCCUCGGGAAAAUUGUCGACAUGACGUCGUUACAAUCGUCAUAGCGACUUUAACGCUGCGAAAAUCUUGCGCCCGUUGUGUACCAAUACAGGUAUAGUGCGAAAUUCCGCCGAGUUUUUGAAUUUCAUCACCGCAAGUAUAGAUACUAUAUUAAAUUAUAAUAUCGGUUUAUAGUGCGCCCCGUGUACCUAAAAUAUUAUAUUAUACACAAGUACCUUCCUACGUUCGUCGUGCGAGAUUUCCUGUGCCAGUGGAUACGUGAAUAAAUGGUAAAGUAACUUGUGACCGAAAGUCGAACACGAAACAGCGUCACCGCCACCAGCCCCCGCUGCACCUGUUGCCGUGCGGUCGACGAGAUUGACAUGACUUUCAGAUGCGUGCCGGCUUUUCAGCCGCUAUCGUCGGGCGCCGAUUGCGCCGCUCCGUGGGAUCGGCUAGCCGGACAUGGUACAGUCGCGUCAAUCGGCAGUGGCGGGGGCGGGGGUAGUGGUGGUGGAGGCGGUGGCGGAGGAGGCGGCGGAGGCUCGUCACCGUUCAGCCCGCACCACCAUCACCACCAUCACCACCACCGGAACACGACGCCCACCAACGCCGGUUCCAACAUGGGACACCACCAGGACUUCCAGCCGCCGUACUUCCCGCCGCCGUUCCCGCCGGCCCACCAUCACCAUCAGCCGUCCACCGGCAACGCGUCUUCGCCGUCCGCCAUGGACUACAUCAACGACCCGUACUCGCAGACGCUCAACAGCCUGCACCAGAGCGCACAGGCCGCCGCAGCCGCGCACCACUACAAUCAGCUGACCGUGGCCGCGGUGUCCGUCGGCCAACGACACGACGCCCUCCGCCGGUCGGACUCCGAGUCCAUACACGUGGGCAACAUGCACCCUUCUUUCCCGUACGAGAGCGGUCGUUCCCGAGGUGGCGAGUACGGUUCCGGCGUCGGCGGAGUUCGAGGCCGAGGCGACGUGCUCGUCCAGUCGCACCCGGGCCUGGAGGACUCGUUGGUCCUGCACAACGCCCUGUCCAGCGUGGUGGAAGAAGCUCAGGAACACAACGUGGACGACAGCAGUUCGUUUAUGAACGACUUGCCGCUACUAAAACGUAUGUCCACUACCCCUUCGGACGUGUUUUGCAGCGUACCCGGACGUCUAUCGUUGCUCAGCUCUACGUCAAAGUACAAAGUAACCGUCGGCGAAGUCCAACGCAGGUUGUCGCCUCCGGAAUGUCUGAACGCCUCUCUAUUGGGUGGCGUGCUCAGAAGAGCAAAAUCCAAAAACGGUGGACGGCUACUGCGCGAAAAACUCGAAAAAAUCGGCCUAAACCUGCCGGCCGGACGAAGAAAGGCCGCAAACGUAACGCUGCUCACGUCGCUCGUCGAAGGUGAAGCGAUACAUUUGGCCCGAGACUUUGGGUACGUGUGUGAAACAGAAUUCCCAGCCCGACAAGUGGCGGAAUACCUGAGCAGGCCUCACACGAGUGAUCCGACAGAGUCGUACCGGAGAAAAGAGCUCAUACAUGCCACAAAACAAGUGACCAAAGAGCUGAUGGACCUGCUCAACCAAGACCGUUCGCCGCUCUGCAACACCAGGCCGCAGCACAUUCUCGACCCAAUCAUACAGCGCCCGCUCACACACUUUUCGCUCAUAUCGCACGGAUUCGGCAGUCCCGCGAUCGUCGCCGCCCUCACAGCAAUACAGAACUUCCUCUCGGAAUCUUUGAAGCACUUGGACAAGGUGUACCCGUCCGGCAACAGCCUGUCGUCUCAGCAACAGCAACAGCAGCAGAACAACCAGCUUCAGCAACAGGACCAGAAGCCCAAAGACUUGGUUGGACUGGAGCUGAAGAAGUGAGCCUGGUCGAGGCGGGCGCAUCGCGAACCUGCCGGCGGCCCGCAGCAGCACCAGCCGCCACCACCGAACCACCUGAGGCUGCAGCCGCAACAGUCGUACGGCGGCACCCGCGACGGUCGCUGUCAGUGAUCGAAGGCGGUCGCGCGCACAGCCUAUCAAUAAUAAUAAUAAUAUUAUUAUAUACAAAUAUCGGUCUUCCGCCGCCGCGAUUUUCCAUUUUCCGUUUUUUCUCAUUCCGUGCUUGAUACGAGAGAUCCAAAACUACGAUUUUUCAACGGCCCGCGCUCGGCUGUUUCAAAUAAUAAUAAAAACAAAAAAAAAUCAAAAAAACAAAAAAAAUCGACAAACUUACAAUGUUGUAUAUUAUUAUUAUUAUUAUUAUAUAGUGAUAUUACAAUGUGCAGUAUAAGUUUUAUUAGAUAUUAUUAUAUGCGAUAUAAUAUAACGGUACUUGUAAAUAAUACGAUGAUUUAUUAUAAUAUAUGAUAUGAUAUAUAUUAUAUUUUUUUCGGACAAUCGGAAUUUUUUUAUUAUUAUUAUUUUUAUUUACAUACAUAGUUUACGCAUUAGGAACUUAUGUGCGCGUACCUGCCGCGUGUUUUUUUUUAAUUUUUAUUUAUUUAUUCUCGUUUUUAGAUUAUAUUUUUUUACGUUUUCGAAACUUGUACAAAUCUUGAAUGAUUUCCCGCCCCUUCAUGUGCCAUCCGUAUAAUUAACCUGCGGAACCCUCUCGAUUCGUUGAUAAGAAAAUAUUAUAAAUAUCAAAACAUAUAUAAUUAAUAAUUAUUGUAUAUUAUAAUUUGUGUCGUCGUCGCGACUUGUGUUUUAUUUUUAAUUAAUUUUUUAAUUAUCUAUUAUUAUUAUUAUUAUUAUUAUUAUUAUCAUCAUCAUUAUUAUUAUCUUGUAUGCGCGAACGUUACAUGACAUAAUAUAUUAUGAUUGUGACGCCAUUACGACAAAGAAUCAAAAUGAAACGUUAAAUUAGAAAAAAUCAAAUUUAGUUCGUAGUACAAUUGACUCGUCCCACAAUAUCAUUGCCAUAUUAUUAUUAUUUGUCAUAAAGCGAUAUUCGUUAUCAAAAUGAUUCAAUGAUAUUGUCAGUUUAUUAGUUAUUGAAUCGUGUACAUAUUAAUUUUACCAGAGAUGAAUCAUUUUUUGUAUUAAGGUACCUACUGACAAUAUUAUUAUUAUUAACUGUUUGACGCUUUUUUGAAAUUAUAAGUUUAGAAAAAAAUGGGUUGAUAUUCGUAUUAUACGUAAAUACGAUGAGUCCCUAAUAAUAAUAUUAUGUAACAUGUAUUAAUGAUAUAAUGAUGAUAUAAUGAUGAUAUAAUGAUAAUUGAAUAAUGGUACAUUGGCAUCACGUGAUAUUUAGUUUCGAUCUGAGUAUUACCCAAACGAUAAUAAACAAUAAUAAUAAUAAUAAUAAUAGUAAUUGUUGUACAGCGAGUUUAAUUUUAUUCUUAUACACGUAUAAGUAUUAUUAUAUUAUAUAUAUAGACAAACGCGCGCGUAUAUUAUAUAUAUAUAUAUAUAUAACGGGAGUAUUAUAAAUGUACAUAAUA